AAAGUGUGAAGGAGCAUGGUGAAACUGGGGAACUUACAAAGGCACCUGAAAACCCUUGAUAAAUACUGGAAAAUCCAACAACAACAAAAGCAACAACAACAAAAACAACAGAGGGACCUUUUCCCUUCUCAAAAAGACAGACUUGUGUUACAUCGGAGCUGCUGUGGCGCAAUCAGAAGGCUCCAGCUGAAAAAGGGCCGAGAAGCACCUCCGGAGCCGUCAGCCCGUGGCAGGCUCUGCGCUGCUUUGAGCACGAGUGGUACCAGAAGUGGGGCUUUUGAGGAUAUCAAUCAGAAGCUGCAGGAAGAUAACCAAGAACUGAGGGACCUUUGCUGCUUUCUGGAUGAUGACAGGCAGAAAGGCAAGAAGGUGUCCCGUGAGUGGCAGAGACUGGGCAGAUACAGCGCGAGCAUCAUGCACAAAGAGGUUGCCUUAUACUUACAGAAGCUGAAGGAACUGGAGGUGAGACAAGAAGAAGUGGUUAAGGAGAACCUGGAGCUGAAAGAACUGUGCGUGUUGCUGGAUGAGGAGAAGAGUGGUGGAGCUGGCAGCCGGAGCUCUAUUGACAGCCAAAUCAGCCUGUGCCAAUUAACUGCUACGAGUGCUUACAUAAGAGAUGUCGGUGAUGGGAGUAGCACUUCCAGCACGGGAAGCACAGAUAGUCCAGAUCAUCAUAAACAUCAUCCAAGUACUAGUCCAGAACAUCUCCAAAAAACACGGGGUGAAGGAAGCCCAGAGCAUCAGAAGCACAGGAGUAUCAGCCCCGAGCACCUCCAGAAGCCGAGGGGUUCUGGCAGUCCUGAUCUUCACCUGAAAGGACCAAGUCCAGAGCAUCACAAAGCCAUUGUCAAAGCACCUGAACAACAAAAGCACAGCAGUAGCAGUCCAGAAACUCUCCCAAAGCACGUUUUGAGUAGUAGCCCUGAACACUUUCAAAAGCAGAGGCCUGGUAGCAGCCCUGAGCAUCAAAAGCACAGCAGUAGCAGCCCAGAUCAUCUUCAAAAGCACACGCUGAGUGGAAGUACAGAACAUCUCCACAAGGUGCGGGGUACGAGCCCUGAGCAUCUCAAGCAACACUAUGGAGGGAGCCCGGAGCAUCUCAAACAUCUCAGUGGAGGCAGCAGAGAAGGUACCCUCAGGAGACAAGUAACAGAUGACCUUUCCCCUCACCACAGAAGUAUAUACAACGGAAUGAAUGAAUCAACCUUGUCCUAUGUUAGGCAGCUGGAGGCAAGAGUAAGACAGCUGGAGGAGGAAAAUCGCAUGCUGCCCCAGGUGUUGAUACCUUGCUAAGAAAAAUUCACUAAAGCCAGUACUUAUAGUUGAAAAUUAAUUUAAGGGUUGAAAAUUACAGUGAUCUGGGCCCUUCCAUUCUGGUUUUAUUGCAAGAUCUUCGUGUUAUUUAAAAUAUCCAGUGUUUUUUAGAGUUAACCAAAAUAUUUGGCUGUAAAAAAGAAAUGGUUUAAUAAUAAUUGAGUUAUAUUAGCAAUAUUUUGGAGAAUAUAUUAGAUACAUAAACACAAGAAUGAAAUUAAAUCAGAUAAAUAAUCAAAUCUGAAGUUAAAGGUUUUCCUGGUAUGUUUUUAAAAAUAAAAAAUGUAGAAGUUCUGUACAAGUUUAUCAAAGACACUUAAAAUUUUAUAUAUAUCUUUAUGCAUAUAUAACAGUGCGUAUUUCUAUCAUAUUUCCUUAAGUAAUCCCUAGGAAAAUCCAUAAAGUCUCCAAAUGAAGUUGCCCAUUGGAAGAAAAAAGUUGCAUGUUGCAUGUUGUUUAAAUCAAACACUAAUUUAAAUGAACAUACUGGUCUGAAGAACGCAAGUGCUUUUUAUUGAACUUAAAGUCCUGUCAUUUGAAUGUAAAAUUCAAGACAAAAGUGAAAUGCAGCAAGAAGUAAAAUCCACUGAUUCAGAUUUCUCGACGUGUGUCAGCCCAAAUGCCAGUCCAUUAGGUAGAUUUCAGCCAGGUUAACCAGUUCCUCCCCUUGGGCAGAUUCUAAGUCAAGUUUUCUUCUUGCCUGUAGCAUGACAAUUGGAAGGGCCUCUCUAGCUCCUGUUUUCCUCUUGACUUGCUAUGCAACCGCAAGCCAUUUAUGUAACUUCUCUGUGCCCUCGUUUGUUGAUCUGGAGAAGAAAGAAUAGCUAAGUGUCUACUGUUAACACCUCUACAGUCUUCAGUUGAAAGACAAAGGCUAAUCCUCAGUGAUAAAGAAUAUUAUUUACUUGUCAAGAAAGGCGUUCAGGGCAAAUGUCAACAAACCUGCAUGAAAAAUACCAUUGAGCCUUGGUUUAGGUCUGGGACAGCAGUGGGGGAUAAAGUGUGCAGAACAUUUCUCUGUGGGCAAAAUUUUUUACAAGUGACCUCACGUUUUAUUUGCCUAGGGCUCAGGGGGAGCCCCAUGAAAUGUGUUACCUGAUCUUGCCAGAGACUGGGACACGCACGCUGUGGGUGUUGAGUUCAUUGAAAACUUUAGAUGGGGUGCCAAAACCAGAAAACAGUGCUUGUGAAAACUUGUGAAAAUAGUGAAAUAGCCUGUGAAAACUGAAACACAAAAUGAUUGUUGUGGGGCUUCGCAGGGGUAGAACUGGGUGGCCAAGACUUGCAGACUGCUUUUUGGUUUAGAUACAAAGGUUGGAGUUCAUCUUGUUUGGUUUUCUUGGCACCAGGAUCUGAGGUAGAGUGCUUAAGUUUCCUGACGUCUCCAGACACUUGUUUUGAGGAAUAACGAGAGACAUUGGCUCACAUUGCCUAGCAUACCUUACUCCCUGUUCCUCCUGAAGAAAGUCAUUGCUUUGGGGAGAGGAAGGAACUCAGACAUCAGGCUUAUUCUGACUUGGCACUCCAUUACGCCAGCACGACCUUUGCGUGAGUUCCUUCUGGGGCUUUGUCGUCCCUGUGACCACCACCCUGACCAGCUAUCAGCUUUUCGGGUGCUGCCACAGAGGCAGGGACACGGGGUGGAAACGCAAAAGCUCCUGGCGCUGGUUCUGCUCCCCUGAAUGGGAGAAAUGGGAGCUUGUUAGGCUUCAAGCCAAACCCAAGUGCUUCGACAAAUCAGCUGAAAAUAGGCAGCCAGUUGCACAACUGGUGAAGGUUUUUGGCACAGCUCUUACUCAGUUACAGCGUGGUGCCUCUAAAUGUCACCGGGUAAGAGUGCCAUCGGCUGUCGGCAUUGUCGGCGGGGCUGCCAGGGGUAGCUCCUAACCUGUGCUACGCUUUUCUUCUCUCCUCUCUACUUUGUGUCAUUUCUUUCCCCCCGUUUCUGCUCAUGUCACCCAUGAAAAUGCACCGGCACACUUACCUCAGGUAAACCUCUCCUUUCAUCUGCGCUUCGCCGUGGUUCUUUCCUACUUUAUUUUGCUUUGCUUCUGUCGAUCCAUACAUAUAAGUUCUCUUUUCAAAACCCCACAGACCUCUGGUGUAAAGGUUUUAUUAAUAUUUAGUGGCAAGAAUGUUUCCAGAGGAAAUGGUUUUAAGUGGUGCCAUCACUGUUUGAAUGGGAACUCAGCUGGCUCUGGCCUACUGAAGGACUUCCUCGUCAGGGGAAGUGUAGCACCAUCACUCAGCCAUAUUUUAGUUUGAUCAGGUAAUAGGAAGGGUAUAAAAUGCACAUACGCACUUAAGCCUGUCAGUUUGUCUUCCUGUGCUGCAGAGUUGUUCUGGUGAUGGUUUAUAGCAUAGAAACAUGGGUUAGCAGUUGUGAGAAGCUACAGGUGGAUGUAGGUAUGUUCUGUUGGUGAGGGCAGCCAUUAGCUCUUCUUCUCUUCUCUUCCUUUCUUUUCCUCCCCCCAGACAGCAUAUAACAAGAUGUGAUCCAGACCCUUUCAGUUUCUGGCCACAAAUUGUUUUUUUUUGUGUGCAGGAAAAUAGAUCAUUUCCAAGAUUUAUGGUAUGCAGCUGGGUCUUCUGGUGAGAACGCCAAGCUGGGAGACAAGGGGCACGGUAUGCAGCUCGUGCUGGUGCUUCUCAAGCACUGGUGCACGACAGCAGUGUGUAGAGGCAGAAGGAUUUGAGCGACGUUUCUGUUCUGCUGGAUGAACGUCAGGCCAGAGUAGUGCCCUCUGGCAGUAGGGCAGGAACGGCUCCUUGCAGCCCAGGGCUCUGCAGCUGCCUCGAAAUGGACACGAAGCCCCAGCGGUGCUGUUUUGCUGCUGACAUCCAAAAAGCUGCACGAUAGUAUGGCCAGUGCAGCAGCCAGAACAGAACGCAGUGCACGUUGUAAUGAAGAUACCCAGCGAUAAUUAAGAAAAUGCGUAAGGACCAAACAAUGGAUUCAGAUCCCAGUUACAGCUCCCUGGGCUGUGCUAGAGCUCAGUUACGUGGGCGAAUAAUUCCAGAUAACUGAAAACAGGAGAGUCCUUCCACACCGCACGUGGUGCGGAGCUGCUAUCCGUGCCUUACGCUGGUGGAAGUGAGAUCAGGAUCUGGCAUCCACAUGUCAAUUAACUGAAGAUAGUCCUGAGUUUUCUGAGGGGUAGUAUUUCAGGGCUGAUAAGCUCAGCUGAAACGUUUCGGAAAUGUGGACAUCUGUCAUAUAAUGACAGUGAAUGCAUUUGCAGAAGGUAUUCUUGGCAAGCCACCCAGCUUAAAUUGCUUCAGUUUUUAUUUGCUUCAUGGGAAGAGGAAGCAAGAGGUAGAGAUGGAAAGUUGAGAUGUUUUCCCUCUGCAAACUCCUCGUCCUUGUAAUUUAGCAGUACCUUUUAAUGAAGGGGAGAGGAAGUACUGCCAGGACAUGGCCUCUUGAGCAAAGAAACCGUGUGGGUCAGUGGGGCUGGAGGCUGCCCACAGGAUGCUGAGUGCACAGGGGGACAUCUGCGGCCAUGGGGCAGGUGUGGUGCAGGCUGGAGCUGAGCUGCUCUGCUCCCUUUCAUGGGCGCAUUUCUGCCUCUGCUUCCUCUUUCUUCCUGAUAUGAGUCUUGGUUCUUUUCCAUCUCCUUCUGUUGCAUCUCCUUUUCCAGUGUUGCUUCAGGCACUUUUUCUUUUUUCUUGUUUUCCUUCCUCUGUCCUUGCUAGCCUUUUCCAGUCCUUGUGUAUUCAAGUGUGAAACAGCAGGCAUGACCCGUAGGCACACACUGGUUUAUUUUUAAGCACGUCCAAUGCUUUCCAUUUCCCUUUUUCUUCCCCCUUCUGUUAGAGUAUUACAUUUUAUUUCAACAUACAUUUCCAAAUCUUUCAAAAACCUUUUUGCUGAGGUCUGUAUUUUUGAUUUUCCCUCUGCAUGGCCUGGUUUUAGCUACAAAUCUAAUGAGAAGUUGGGAAGCGCUUGGUUAGUAGUUUUGUGUGUGGGUAAGAUCGGUGUCACGCACAGUCCGAUGCUGGUUAUCUCCUCGCUUUCAUAGCGUGUAGAAGAGUAGAGAAUCCUUCAACCAAAGUGUAACUAAAACCCACCGAACUAGUCAUGUCAUCAAAUAUUUGCUGAAAGUGAAUCAUCGGCAUCCCUCCACCCUGUGCUUUUGUGUCAUGUCGUCCUCGGUUUAAGUUAAUGGGUCCCGUUCGGCCUGCUUUCGGCCCCUUGGCAGUCGGAGCAUGCUUGGAGUAUGCCAUGAGGACAUGUGGAUCCUGGUGGCAAUACGCACAAGUGGAGGCUCCUGCAGUGGUCUGAGAACAGGACUUACCAUGAAUAACCAAAGCAUUUUAAAGCUGGGUACUGUAAUUGACAGGAUUGUUCCCUAGAAAAAUUGUUGCUGAUUUGUUUGUCGCGUUAGUCCUUCAGCAGAGCACCAUGCUGCAGCUUAUCGCUUCUGUUUGCCCUUUCUGCUGCCUGUUUGAAACAAGCUAAUAAAUACAGCUUGGUUUGUUUGUUGUUGUUGUUGUUGUUGUUGUUGUUUUCUUUCUUUUUUGCAAGCUAACAGGGAAAUUGAAGGCUGGGGAAAUUGGAAAAAAGCUUUGAAAAUCAGGUAGUGAUUGAAGCGGCCUGGCAGUUACGCAGCAGGAAGGAUAUACUUCCCCAGGAAACCACUUGCUCCUGGGAUAAAAGGCUGGUGGACGAGGCGGCGUGCAUUUGCUGAGGUCUCCUUUGGUGCAGGAAUGGAGCAGUGCUCAGUGGAUAGGGGAGCUGUGGCUUCUUCAGGCUUCGUGAGGUGACUGCAGGCAUCCUUGGGGCAGAUGUGGACUGUUUUUUCUCUCCUGCGUGCCGUGGGGAGGUGGAGAGUCAGGCAGCAAGCCGUGUGCUUCCUUCUCCCCCUCUGCCAGGGCUGGCAGAUGAGCUGCCCCUCCCUCGAGCCGUGCUUUGUGCUACAACAGUGUUGGUUCGUGACUGUCUGUAUCAACAGCAUGGACUGAAAAUACGGUGUCCUCAACUGGCUCAAGAAGAAAGGCUCUUGGUUAAUUCCCUCCAUCAAAGAGUAUCCUGUUCUACACAGGGGUCUUUAUUCUGCCCAUGACCAGGGCACAGCGCAGGGUUUGCCUCUGGCGCUAUGGGAGCACGGCCUUAACAUUUCGCAGUCAGUGCGAGGAGAUGCUAAAGUUCCAUUCAGCUGAUUUUUUUGUAAUGCGGUAUUAUGGGGCUGAGUCAGAUUUCCUGUGCUUUCCAUUCACUAAAGAGUUGCAUAUUGGCAUUAGAUGUUUUGUAGAUCUACUUAGAACAGAAAAUGGAUGUGCAUGUUUAGUAAUUGCACUUCUCUGUCUCUUAUCUCUGUGGCAAAACGUACGGAGGAUAUUAUGUGGUUUUUACCUGCUUCGGACAAUGCUUUCUGCAGCCCUGUAAUCUGCACACAGGACUCAUUAGGCUCAGAGGAAGGAAGGUAAAACCCUGCUGUAGCCUGGGCAGAAGGGCCAGGCAGGGGCAGUAGGGAAGGCUGGCAGUGUAGUGUGAGCAAAAAAGUCAAUUCUUUGAAGUUGACCUUGUGUAGCCUUGUUUAUUCAGAAUGAUUCAAGUUGUUUAAAGUCAGUGGAGCCAUGACUUGAUCCUUUCUGGCUGAUUUGGUCCCACUUCCACAGCUUCACUUCCUGAUAAUGAAUGAAGAGAUCUGUCCAAAACGUGUCGGCACGUGGGAUGCCUACUGGCUGACUGCAAGUGCUGUGUGGGGGCAGAGAAGAGGAGGAAGGGAACAGGUUUCUGUGCCUGUCCUCAAAGUCCUGCUCAGGGUCCAGAUGGGAUCUGGGUCAGGCAGCGGUGGAGAAGGGAAACUCAGGUCAAGUUUUGCUGGAAGGAUAAGCGCUGCCAUACUCCCCGCUGGCAAGCAGCAGCUGUGAUGGAUAGGUCUGAAAAGCACACUCUUUAGUCUCCUAAGGCAUCUUGUUUUCAGACAUCACCACAUUGGCAAAGUGCCUCUUCCUCUUGUUUUGCUUCACUGCCUCAGAAACUCAUAAUGCAGCCAGCAGUCUGCGGACUCAAGGGACCUCGGGAGGAACAGCAGACCCAUGCUCACACUGGUGCCACAUCCCGACGGAACAAGCUUCCUCCAAAGAAGGCAGAAGCUCUGCUGCCCUUGUGGGGUGGCCUCACCUGGGAUAAGUCCCUGAGCUGCAGGAUGGGGCUUCAGGGCUGCAAAACUUGCCUUACUUUUUAAGAAAAGCUUACAUCUCUUAUCAAGGACAGAAGCAGGUAAUCCAGAGGGCAAGUGCUAACUUUCAGUCUCCUACCAAUGUGUUGAGAACACUGUCUGGUUAAAGCAGUGUGUGCAUAACAAGUUCCCCAUCCUCAUGAAGGGAGACACAAGUGUGCUGCCUGUGGCGCAGAAGUGGCUGUGGAGGAGACGUGCCUGGAGGAGGUCCUGAGCUCUUGACAGCAGCACAAGUCAGGAUUUUUAGAUUUUCUCAAGUUCAAGUCGCUUUAGAUACACAAUCUGCACUAAUUUUGCCGGCGUCUUGAUAGCAAUACUUAUAUUUUACAAUUCAAAAUUGCACAAAAUCUUUGCUGGACCUGGAGUCAGUAAAAAAAAA